AGCACCAUUGAAUUGAUAACAACAUCAGCAUGAACUACGGCGAAAAAGUGACCGAUUUUGCAGAUGAAUAUUCUCCAAGCAUGCACACAAAACGGUUUCAAGACUACGAGAGCCCUAAUAAAGAAGUACUAAAACAUUUUGUCAAGAUAUCACAACAAGCCACAACACUAGCACGUGAACUGUAUAAAACACGUUUGAAUGUUCGUUACGGAGGAAAAAGUGACAAUCAACUAUUGGAUAUAUACUAUAAGGAUAAAGAAGAGGGAUUACCAAUUUUCGUUUAUAUUCAUGGCGGGUUCUGGCAAGAGUUGGAUAAAACUACCUCGGGUCCAAUCGUACACGCUCUCAUCGAACAUUAUCGUAUUAUAUUGGUUGACUAUGACGUUUGCCCUAAAGUGACACUGCUUCAGUUAACUCAACAAAUGUCGAAUUUUUUCAAAUGGUUGUCAGUAUAUGCGAAAGAAACGGGAGCUCCCAAAAUUUCCAUUUGUGGUCAUUCUGCCGGAGCCCACUUGGCGCUACAAAUGUUUCAAAGCGAAUUCUUACAAGCUGAGCAGAGAUUAAAUGCAAUUGACAACGUUUUUCUGAUAAGCGGUCUUUAUGAUUUGCAACAAUUAUGGUCGUUUGAAAGUUGUAAUCCCAACAACCUAUUGUCUUUGAAUCCGAAUCUUGCCAUUCAACUAUCACCACAAUGCUGCAAUUAUAAUAAUGAACUUAUCGGGCAGUAUAAAGCACAGGAAGUGAAAAUUCACAUCAUUACAGGAGAACACGAUAGUGAGGCGUUCAAACGUCAAUCUCAAAAUUAUGCCUAUAAACUCACCAAGCUCAACAUGGAUGUUAACUACAGAAUGUUUAGGUCUUACGACCAUUUUGAUAUUAUCGAAGAGUGUUCUCAGCGAAAUUCCGCCAUAAGCAGAUACAUCCGGAAGGAGUUGGGAAUUUAUUGAUUGUAAUGACUUGUCAAUCGUGUGUGUCGAUGGCUUAGCAUUGUUUUUUUACAGUAGAAGGAUAAACUCAAAAAAAUCCGUUAAAUUUUAGAUACAACAAAACUUCUAAUACAAUCUUUAAUAAAAAAAAACUUUUUAUCCUUUUUUAAA